AUGGACCGCCUUCUGGCCGAGAUCGCCACCGCACUGGUGGCACCCCAGGCAAACACCGCGGCCUUAGAGCGCCUGGACAAGCAGUUCAACAAGAAAAUGAGUAAUUCUCGUGACCCAAUCCGUGAGGGCUUGGAUAUCAUCAGCCCUGCAGUGUUCGUGCAGGGCACUGUAGUGAGGUUCCUGCAUUUCAUCGCCGCCCGCGGCAGCCCAACAUACGACGCCCUCCGCACGCCGGCCUGCGCCGCCGCCGCCGCCGCCGCGGCAGCGCGCGCGGACACGAGCUUGCGCGCCGGGGGCGCGUACGCUGCGGACGGGGGCGGCUACCCCGGGGUCACGGGGCGAAAGCGCGUGCUGCAACUCAACCGGGUCGUCAGGGAGAUCUUCCAGGAUGACACCCCGCACGCCGUGCUGCCCGCCGUAGCCGCCGUGCUGCGGACGCCCGGCGCGGUAGAGGCGCUGCUGCGCGCCGGGCUGCUGCCGCCGCCCAGUGAGCAGGAGGAGCGCGGCGGCGGGCUGCGGCCCGAGCCGGGCUCGCUGGAGGGGGACCAUUUGUGGCCGUUCCUGAGUGUGGCGCACGUCGUCACCAACGUCGCGGAGGAGAUUGAUAUUGGCGCGCUGCAGCCCGACGCCGACAGCCGCGCCGCGCUCGCCGCGUGGGCGGAAGCGCAGCCGCGCGUCGCGCCGCUGUUCGUGGACGUCCUCAGGACCCGCCUCGCGGAGGGCGGGGUGCGCGCGGAGGCCGCCGUGCACCUGGCUGCGCUGCUGCUGGGCUUCGGCGGCGAACAAGACCCAGAGGCGCCGGUCGUCGUCGCCGGCGGCUCUUGUGGCGGGGGCGCGCGCGUGGCUGGCGGCAGCGCGGGCUAG